AUGUCCUCACGAUUAAAUAUCCAACGCGCCCGCGUACUUGCUCUGAGCCUCGUUGCCACCUGCUCCCUGGUCGCCGCCGGGCCCUGUGACAUCUACGCCUCUGGUAAUACGCCCUGCGUUGCCGCGCACAGCACCACUCGCGCCCUAUAUAGUGCCUACACUGGCGCACUGUACCAGGUGAAACGCGGUUCUGACGGUGCCACAACCACCAUUGCACCGCUUUCCGCCGGUGGUGUCGCAAAUGCAGCCACCCAAGACUCCUUCUGUGCUGGCACGACAUGUCUCAUCACGAUCGUUUAUGACCAGUCCGGCCGCGGUAAUCACCUCACACAGGCUCCACCAGGCGGAUUCAGCGGUCCGGAAUCCAAUGGCUACGACAACUUGGCCGGUGCCAUUGGCGCACCGGUCACGCUGAACGGUCAGAAGGCGUACGGCGUCUUCAUCUCGCCCGGCACCGGCUACAGGAACAACGCCGCCAGUGGCACAGCUACAGGUGACGCGGCGGAGGGUAUGUACGCAGUCCUUGAUGGGACCCACUACAACAGUGCCUGCUGUUUCGACUACGGCAACGCCGAGACUAGCAGUAAGGAUACGGGCAACGGCCACAUGGAGGCUAUUUACUUUGGUGACAAUACCGUCUGGGGCACCGGUUCUGGCAGUGGCCCUUGGGUCAUGGCCGAUCUCGAGAACGGCCUGUUCUCUGGCUCCAGCGCUAGCAACAAUGCAGGCGACCCAUCGGUCUCCUAUCGGUUCCUCACUACCGUUGUGAAGGGGGAACCAAACCAGUGGUCAAUCCGCGGCGCCAACGCAGCGUCGGGCUCGCUAUCGACAUACUAUAGUGGCGCGCGCCCAAGCGUGUCUGGAUACAACCCGAUGAGCAAAGAAGGCGCCAUUAUUCUUGGCAUCGGCGGCGAUAACAGCAAUGGUGCCCAGGGAACGUUCUAUGAGGGCGUGAUGACCUCCGGCUAUCCAUCCGAUGCCACCGAAAACUCGGUCCAGGCGAACAUCGUAGCUGCCAAAUACGCCAUCACAUCACUGACCAGCGGCCCGGUGCUUACUGUCGGCUCCUCGAUCUCGCUGCGGGCCACCACGGCCGGCUACACGACGCGCUACAUCGCACAUAGCGGCUCUACCAUCAACACCCAGGUUGUCUCGUCAUCCAGCACCACAACUCUCAAACAGCAGGCCAGCUGGAUAGUUCGUACCGGUCUUGCCAAUAGCGCCUGUUUCUCGUUCGAGUCCUACGAUACCCCGGGAAGCUUCAUACGGCACUAUAACUUCGAGCUCCUGCUCAACGCCAACGCCGGGACAAAGCAGUUUUACGAAGACGCCACAUUCUGUCCUCUGAGCGGCCUCAACGGACAGGGCAACUCGAUUCGGUCCUGGAGCUAUCCUACCCGCUAUUUCCGCCACUACAACAACGUGCUCUACGCCGCAAGCAAUGGCGGUGUUCACACGUUCGACGCCGCAACCUCGUUCACCAAUGACGUGAGCUGGGUGAUCAGCGCCGGGUUUGCUUAA